AGAGAGAGAGAGAGAGAGAGAGAGAGGUCUUCAGAGCGCAGUAUGCCCUUGCUUCCCUCUCUAGUACAGAACUGAAAGGAGACCGGGCAGCGGAACAGAGGAACAGAGGAACACAGUAAUAGUAGAGCUGGAAAAGAAAGAAAGAGACUGAAAGAGUACGGCAUAAAAAGGACAGGGAGAGAGAGAGAGAAAGGGCGUAAAAGAAGGGGACAGGUGUGAAGAGAUAGAGAGACAGAGAGACAGAGAUAGAGAGAGAAAGUGCUCGAUAGUGAUCUGUGCAGCUUCUACUCUACUACUACUACUCUACCACCAGCAGGACCAUGGAGACAGGCAGCCCCAGGAAGAUCCAGUUCACCAUGCCUCUCCUGGACUCACACCUGGACCCGGAGGCUGCUGAACAGAUCAGAAGACGUCGGCCAACCCCUGCUACUCUGGUAGCUUCCAGUGACCAGUCUUCUCCAGAAAUAGACGAAGACCGUCUUCCUAACCAGUUAUACAAGGCAGCCCUGUUGAACUCUCCCAGGCAGAGGAGGAAGGGAGCAAGAGGCACGCCCACCAUGAAAGAGUUGCAGUUCAUGGUAGAACACCACCUGUACAAGCAGCAGCACGGUGGAGAUGAUGAGUGUUCCUCAGAGAGCUGUCUGUCAGACAGACCCAGCCCGGACACUCUGCCCACCGGAGAGGAGCUGGAGCUACCAGAGGACGAGGAGGCCUGGGGGACCGGCGACAAUGUCACUGCGGAGGCCUUCGAGAAGCUGCGCUGCCAGAUGGAGGCAGAGUUUUCGCGGGACAGUCUAUCAGACGCUGCAGGGGGACAUGAGUGCUCCCUCUCCAAGGAAGAAGUGGGAUGUUCCACCGUCCCCAUGGCAGCAACAUCCUCAUCACAACAAAAACAACACACACAAGCAGACACAAAAUCUGCAUCCGUAGUGAGUCCAGAGGAGAAGAACACAAAGAAACCCAGCCAGGAAAAAGAAGACAAAUAGAACCAUGGAACAGCCUCCACACCAACCUGAAGUCUGUCCCAAAUGGAUCCCUAUUCCCACAGGGCUCUGGUCAAAAAUAGUGCACUAUGUAGGGAAUAGGUUGCCAUUUGGGACAUGAAUGCUCAGUCAAUAACUACAGACAACAGACAGACAAGUGAUCAUCCUUUUGAUAAACAGACACACUGUAGAUACGGAGACAUCAGGAUAUAUGUCCGGCCAGGUACUAUACCGUGCAGGUGGAGAGAUGACUAGGUGUUUAUUUAUGAUCUGAGUCCAUUAUACAGUUCAUUGUUUCUAUUGCUUUACUCAUUUGAUUGCCCCUACUAAUCUGUAACUCAUUGUCUAAUGUUCCAAACCAGGACAGGAAAUAUUUGGCUAUUUUUCAUGACAGUUUUUGGUUUGUUGUAUACACAAACUGUAACAACCUAGCACUCACAUGUCUAAUAUGGCCCCUGUAUAAUACUCACAAAUCCAAAUAUUGUCUCAAGAUUAUUCUAAGAUUGAUUUGAUGUUUUAGACAUUCCGUCCAGGACUCUUGAAGGAACUAGACCUCGAUGGGCCAAAAGAGACUCUCAUAAACAACAACAAGAACAGCAUUUAGUCCUUAUUCAUAUUUGUGCCACGACACAUUGUCUAUUUUUAAGAGUCACAGGGCAGUAUCACUACAUCACUUGGGGCACAUCAUUCCUCAUAUAGUGCACUACCUUUGACCAGAGCCAAGUGGAGUAGAGUACUACUGUAUUAUUGGGGACACGGUGCUUAUUUGGGAGGCAUCCUGGGAAUCAUCAAUGAUCCAAUCUGGAGCUGUGAUCAGAGUCUGUUUUGAGUCUCCGUCUAUUUGAGUCUCUGAAGUCUCCAUGACAUAUCUGAUUAAGGGACCAAUUCAUUGGACAGGACUCUCGGUGAACUUUGACGUUUUAAAAACUAAAACAACAUUUAUUUACGUGUCUAUUGACAUACCAGUCAUGCAUAGUACAACUUUAGUACUACACACACCUUAGUGCUGUACUCCCCCCAGUACAUCAUUCAAAGUUUUUAUUUCACUACCAGUAUAUAAGUAUAUCGUAUUGUUUUAUGUACCAUAACACUGUCCAGAAGCAUAUGUAACUUAUUUUAUCUUUGGUAAUUAUAUUUGUUUUCCACUAGUUCAAUCCCAUACUCUGCUUCACUAAUGUGACAUUAGGGUCCUGAUUGGGUGACAUUUUAGACCUAAUAUUCGUCAGUGUCAUCAUAUCAUUUUGAUGACAGAUUAGGCGUGUUACUUCCAUGUACUGUAUGUAUAGUAUACAGCAAAUGAAUGACAUGUCAAUCUAGAGAGGUCUACUGAAUUAGACAGGUGUAAGGAUUUCAACAUAAAAGUCAUGUGUUCCUACGUUUUAUGUACGGGUGGUCCCGGGAAUCUGACCCAAAAUUAUAUUCUGCUUUUAGAAAGUUUUCCAGUUAUUUAGCAUUGAACACUCUACAUUUGUUAAAAACAUUAUCUUGUAAUUAAUUUUCAAUGUAUGAACACCAUAAAUUAUUGUGUAUUUAUUUAAUUUUAUUAAUGAUAAAUUACGGUACAUCAAAUCCAUCUAUAUCUGUAUUUUAGUUUAACUUUGUUUGACCUGGUAAUGAAUACAUAUGUAAUAAAUAAAAAAAUGGUUUGCUAUAAUAAAGUGUUGAAAUUGGACAAA